AUGGACAUAGAGAAUCAAUUCGUGUGUGGCCGUCCCCUUUGCACAUGGUGGCGAAUAAGUGAGAAAGUCUUUGUCCUUCAAGAAUCUGCAGAUGGUCCCCUUGUUGUGCUUCAACGUUUCAAUAAGCCCGGAGGAUGGUAUGUGACUGUGAACUGUAUAGCACCUUGUGCUCCAGGAGUUGGGGAGUUUUCCUAUGAGCUCUCGUACGGUACGCCGAUGGGAGGUUACAAACACAUUAUGACGUUUAAAUCAUCGGAGAUGAAUAGAAUCCAUAAAGUGAGCUUCCAAACUCCUGAAAAAGACUUCAUGUUAAUCCCUCACUAUUUCCAGUAUCCGAGGAAUUCAUUGAAAAUGACUAUUUGCAUCAAAAAAGACAUGAAAGAAGAAGGUGAAGACUAA